CUGGAUGUAUCUUCUCUCCUUUAUAUACACUUGUAGAAACCGUAUCGAAAGUAUACAUCAGUUUGAAGUGCAGUGGCUAGGUAUACAGUGGGUGUUCUGUAGGAUUAAAGGCAAGGCUUUAGGACAUAAAGGAAAGAAUGGGUGACAUCGUCGACCCCGGUACGGGCCUUACAGAGCGACAGAAGACGGCCGUCCGGGAAAGCUGGGCCAAAAUGGGAAAAGACAACAUUGUAGAGUUUUACUUCAGAUUGUUUACGACUUUCCCACACAUUCGAGCGUAUUUUAAGACUCUGGACGGCCUUGACCAAGAUGCAUUGAAGAUCUCCCCUAAGCUACGGGCACAUGCAAUCAACUUCAGACACGGUGUCAGUUCCUUUAUAGAUAACUUGGACGAUAUCGAAUGCCUUGUGAUCCUCAUUCAGAAAGUCACAGAGAAUCACUUCAGGAGAAACAUUAAACCAAAACCGUUUGAAGAGGCUUUCUCGCUAUUCACGACGUUUGUCGGAGACGUCCAAGAAGUUGAUGAGUUUACAUUAAACGCAUGGAAAGCAACCCUCGCCACUGUUCUAUCCGUGAUCACCGAACACAUGAAAACACUAGAGGAACAGACGGAUGGACACUAAUGGAAUUCGGAUAUUGUUAGACUUGAAAUGGCGUAUUAAGUAUUUCGAAAAUGUAAAGUUCGUGCUAAUAUACUUAGUGCAUGAACGUGAUAUUGACUUAUAUAAUGUUAAUGCAAAAGGUUGUGUUCAAUUCAGGUAUUUUUUAUGAAUAUAUGUUAAAUAAAUGUUAGUUAAUUAGGUGAA